AUGAAAGAGAUAGAUUACGAAUGCAUCAUCGAAAUAGUAACGGAGACAGCAGACGAUAUAUAUUUGCUGAUAGUGAUUCGUUUCCCUAAUACAAUUGAGGCAAAUUGUGCCAGAAAUAGGAAUGCUUUUACUGUCUUCAAGAAAAACAAAUGUCUCGGUAUUUGCAACUUGACAGGUGACAGGGACGCUAAUUCACCAUACUUCGUAAUUACAAUUAGACCAAGAAUACGAUUUCGUUACAUAAGCAAUAGCAGUAUUAAUUCAGAUAUGGACGCUAACUUCUAUCAAGUUACAGCAACUGCAGCUCGUAAACAACCCUCGAACGGUUGCAAUAGCAAGAACGAGACUGUAUGCGAUAUGCAAAGUGAUAAGUAUUGCUUCACCAGCGGAGUUGUUUGUGACGGAAUCAAGAAUUGUGGCGUAUCAGAUUGGUACGACGAAAGGAAAUCUGAAUGUGAAACACCGUCAGAACACAUUGGUUAUGCUCCUGUGGUCGCCGUGGUGGCGGUGAUCAUAUGUGUUGUGCUCGCAGCCAGCCACUGUAUGCUGCGCUACCUUCCAAUGGCAGCCAACUCAUUCUUCAUAUUCAACGCGAACGAAGACAACAGACUAUGCAUAGACACUGUAUUCAAACAUCCGGAUUAUCCUCAGGACAACAUCGAUAAUAUCAAGAAGACGUCCAUUAUACCGGUGUCGAGUUCUUCAAAUGAAGACUCUAUGGACCAACAAGUUGUUAAUAACGAAACCAUCGAUGUAACAUUAAAAAAGAUUGAAUUGCAAUCUCCUCCUGAAACUAAGCGCAUCGGGCAUGUUUGCUGCAGCGAACACCGACUGCUUUCACGCAAGUAUGCGCAAAAGAGGAGCCUCCAUGGUGAGCAGGGUUCAGGCCAGCUCCAAUGCCGUCCUGGCUGUGAUUGCUAG